CAACAGUCUGCACAUGCGCUUCGCGGACCGCGUCUAGGCCGGGCGGAAGCAGGCUCUGCGGGCAAGACCCGAACGCUGGGCGGGCUUUUAAAAGGAUGGUCCCUCCUCCAGUCAGCCUGCGACGGCCACUGUGAAGCUCACCGGGGUGUUUAACCAUGGCCAAACCUCCCACGCACGGUUCCGUGAUUGUUCCAGACUGGCAUGAGACAGUCGAGGGCAAGGAGUACUUAGCCUGCAUCCUGCGCAAGAAUCGCCGACGGGAGUUUGGGUUGCUUGAACGGCCAGUGCUGUCCCUUUCGGUCGUCAUUGAUACUGCCAGCUACAAGAUCUUUGUGUCUGGGAAAAGUGGCGUGGGCAAGACAGCGCUAGUGGCAAAGCUGGCAGGCCUAGAAGUGCCCGUGGUGCACCAUGAGACGACUGGUAUUCAGACCACUGUGGUGUUUUGGCCGGCCAAGCUAAAGGCCAGCGACCGUGUCGUCAUGUUCCGUUUUGAGUUCUGGGACUGUGGGGAGUCCGCCCUUAAGAAGUUUGACCACAUGUUGCCGGCUUGCAAAGAGAAUGCAGAUGCCUUCCUGUUCCUCUUUUCUUUCACUGACCGUGCCUCCUUCGAAGACCUUCCUGAACAGUUGACCCGAAUAAACAGUGAAGCCCCUGGGGCCGUCAAGAUAGUUAUUGGCUCCAAGUUUGACCAAUACAUGCACACAGACGUGCCAGAGCGAGACCUCACAGCCUUCAGGCAGGCCUGGGAGCUGCCCUUGUUUCGGGUGAAGAGUGUGCCAGGGCGGCGGCUGGCAGAUGGGCGUACCCUGGACGGGCGGGCUGGGCUGGCUGACACUGCCCAUGUGCUCAACGGCCUCGCAGAACAGUUGUGGUACCAGGACCAGGUGGCAGCUGGCUUGCUCCCCAGCUCCCCAGAGAAUGCUCCUGGCUGAAGGAUGGUGGCAUCCAGAGUUGAGGCUGGAACUCAUGAUCCCCACUUCCAUCCCUUGGAUGACCCAGGAAGGUGGGACCUGGGGCCCAAGGCUGAUGCAGGAACACUG